ACUUUCAUGUCUGCUGUUCCUAAUCACCAUGUCGCAAAGCAAACUGGCUUGAUGAAUAGCGAAAACCGAGUUAAUCUUGAACAGCAUGACCGAGAUGAAGAGAGAGGUUCCUUUCUGCAUCGGGAGCAGGUAACACAUCAGCCUUACGUUAACGGCAUCGAGAGGAAAGAUGUUUCUGAGAAGACUAUUUUUAGCUCAGAAGGUAAUAUUUUCCACUUUGUAAUUUAUGCACCCAUGGCUCCUGCGACUCAAUCGUAUAUUCUAGACCUUUGCUAG